GAGGCUUCCUUCCGCGCCCUUCAAGGUCAGAGAAUGGUUCAAGACGAUGAGAAGACGGCGUGGCUUGCGAGUCAUCAACCGCCGAGCCUCGCGUGUGACUUCCUCUGACACCCCGGCACUCUCUUUUUUUUGCCUGAAGCUCUCGUCACUAUCCCGAUGGCGUCACUGGUGGACCUCGCCCAUCUCUGCUGCAUCCUUUCAGUAUUUGGGUUCGUCCUGCUCACUCUGUGGGGCCUCCUGCUGGUGACACACUCCCCGCCCUUUGCUCUUGAGGUGGCACCGGAGCAUCGCACGUCAGGCGGCAUCAGCUGCAUCCUGGCUGGCCUGGGGUACCUGGCGUGUCUGGUGUUGUCGUGGCGGUACAUCCGGCGGUCUCGGCAGCGGCGUGGGUGGAAUGGGGGCCGUGAUGAUGAGAGGGAGGUGGAGCUGCGGUCGCUGCUGGGGAGUGGGGGGAGGGAGAGGCCGCGCAUGCCCAGCCUGUGAGUGAUGAAGGAAUGCCGUCGCCCGGCCAGACCAGCGUGCAGGAGGCGGCGAGCGACGGGCGGGAUGGCGAUGAUUCAUCAGGGAGUGGCGUGUCUGCCUAUCCCUCCCUAUGUUUAUUUGUGGAGCCAUCCCAUCAAUCAAUCGGUGCUGGUUGGGUGGGGUCGGGUCGGCUGGCUGCUUACGCGUGGCGGUGCUGAUACAUAGACUAUAGGGAUUAGCCAUCCACUCUCUCUGCCGCCGCCAUCUCUGUGUGCGGGUGCGGUUGGUUGGGUCAGCCCUCGUUGCUUGUCACCUGCUUCGAUCUCUCGACCUUGCUGAGCAUUAUGCAUUCCGCAAUCCCAUCUUAUCUUGCCUUCCCUUCCCUUCCCUCCUGGCUCGCAUGUGGUCUGGUUUCGACCUCGCCAAUGACAGGUCGGUUGCAGCGGCAGCUUUGUGUGUGGACGGUCACAGCGUCGCACUGUCCUGCUACCUUGUCCUGUCAACUUGUGUGGUUGUAGGCUGUGAAACGAAUGGCUGGCUGUGCUGCUGUCCAUCUGCUGCUAGAAGAGUCAGCCAGGACAGCAAUUGCUGUAUGCGCAGGGCCGUGUUCUGUCUGUUGUCUUUGACACAAGCGGUGAGAGGGGGUGAGGGUGGGAUUGAAUUGCAUCUAAUGUUGUGGGUGGCCAUGAAUGAGGACGCUAGCUAGCUGUAUUAUGAAUCAUCAUCUCUCAAUCCAUCCAUAGACUUGCUGAAGCCU